AUGGGCUGCUGCUUCAGCUGCUUUAAAAGUGACUCCAGAGAUCCUACAAAAGCUGCAUUAAUUGACUCAGAAGGGAAAAAAAUUGAAGAAAUGGACACUGCUACUGAAAAUACAACUUCAGUUCAACCUCAUCCUAUUUGUCUCGAGGAUUUUAAAAUUGAGCGAGUUUUAGGCAAAGGCGCAUUUGGCAAAGUGUUCUUGGUUACCAAAAAAGACAAUGGUAAAUUUUUUGCUAUGAAAUGCUUAAGGAAAGACAUGAUCAAGCAAAGAAACCAAAAAGAGCAUACAACUACAGAGCGAGAAAUAUUAGGAGAUGUAGAUAGUCCCUUCAUAGUUCAAUUGAGAUACGCAUUUCAGACUCCAGAAAGGCUAUACAUGGUUAUGGACUUUAUUAAUGGUGGUGAGCUAUUUUUCCAUUUAAGAAGCUCAUCAAGGUUUUCAGAACAAAGGGCAAGGUUUUACGCAGCCGAAGUUCUCCUUGCCUUAGAAUAUAUUCAUGGUUUGGGGAUUAUAUAUAGAGAUUUAAAGCCUGAAAAUAUUUUAUUAGACUCUGAAGGACAUAUAAAAUUAACUGAUUUUGGUUUAAGCAAACAGUUUUUUGACGAAGAACCUAAUGGUGAAAAUAAAACAUUUUCUGUAUGUGGGACUCCUGAGUAUUUAGCUCCAGAAAUUUUAAGACAGACAGGGCACGAUAAAGCUGUGGAUUUUUGGAGUUUUGGAGCUUUGCUAUAUGAAAUGCUAUCGGGUGCUCCACCUUUUUAUUCAAAAAAUAGAGACCAGAUGUUUAGAAAUAUUUUAACGAGGCCUGUAGAAAUGAAAUCUCAUUUUUCAUGGCAAGUUGUUGAUUUAUUAAAAAAGUUGCUACAAGUAGAUGUAAGAUUAAUUUAGCCUCGAAAAAGAUUAUCAUCAAUUGACGCUUUAAAACAGCAUCAAUUUUUUGAAGGCAUGGACUGGGUAAAACUAGCUAAUAAAGAAAUUCCAGUUCCAUUCAAGCCGAAAGUGACAGGCCCUAGGGAUUUAAGGAAUUUUGAUAGAGUGUUUACAGAUGAAACUCCAGAAGAAAGUCCAAUUUCUUCAAAUUUCAAUUCUCGAAGGACUUCGUCUAACCGAUAUGAUGGAUUUACUUAUCAUGAUUCUGGCAACAUAUAA